AUAAGAUUAAUCGGUCAACAGAUGUCCUUUUUUUUUUUUUGGAAAUAGGGCAAUGGAAGAUAUAUCCCUUAUCAGGGUGAUUAAACGAUCUCCAUUGUCAUUCUGGCGGAACACAAUGGAAUGUACAAGAAAUUUCACUCCGACUAAACCUCAUUUCUUCCAACCUCUUUUACCAGGUUUCCACCGCGAGCUUUCAAUUCCUGUCUAUUUUCACAAGUACUACUUAAAUGGACAAAAGUGUGAGACUGCUGUGCUGAGAAGCUGGGGUGGGAGAACUUGGCCGGUGAGGAUUGAGGGUCGGACAUUCAAAGAUGGCUGGGAAAAUUUUGUUCGAGAUCAUGAUUUGGAGGUUGGCUAUUUCUUGGUGUUUAAACUUGAAGAAGGGAACAGGGUGUUCGAUGUUAUGGUUUUUGACACAAGCAGCUGCCAGAGAGAAUAUCCUCACUUUGUUACAAAAAUAACAAAAGAAGAAAACCAAAGUUCAGAGGAGGAAGAAGAUGCAAAAGAAACGGCCAGACAGUCUACUAAGAAAAGGAAAGUCAGUGCUUUCAAGCCUGAAGACAAUUAUUUUUGUUUAACUCUAAGGCCUCAUCACUUCGAAAGGUUUAGAUUGUUGGUUCCUACUCAGUUUGCAAGGUCUAGUGGACUGAGCAACAGCGCUCGUGAGGCAAUGAUUUUAGAUAAACAAGGCAGAUCAUGGACAGCAAAUUUAUGGCGCAGGAAGAAUGGACAAGUUUAUAUCUCCCGUGGUUGCAGAGACUUGUGCAUUGCAAAUGGCGUCAAGAUCGGGGAUUCUGUCAAGUUUGAGCUUGUUAAGAAAGGGAAGAGGCCUGAAUUUAAGUUUGAGAGGUUGCAUAUGAAUUCAAAGGCAAAGCCACGACCAACCAAUCCGAAUUCAGAAGCUGGUUCUUCCAAAUACAAAGCUUGUAAGAUGAGAAGAUAGGGAUUAUAGAAGUCGUUAACUCAGGGCAGUUGUGUGACCACAAGUGAAGAAGUUGCUCUCAAAGUCCUUUUGUCUACGACAUAAGCAGUGUUGAUUGCUGUCCUGAAAUCUUGGACAAGACUAGGAAAUCUUUUGUUUUGGCUUUACAUUUCUUGUCCUAUGAUCUUGUGAAGAAGUAAUAUAUUAGAGGGUUAUCCUUUCUUCUUCUAAGCAUUUGCAUUCAACUCAUUUUCCUUUUCUUUCCAAUUCAAUAAGAAAAAUGUGUUUUGCAG